CGCUUAUUACACAGUUGCGAGGGGUCACUGGCUUUCCCACCGAUUAGUUUUGUGAGGGUCCGCGCUGGGGCGAUAUUUAUUUUGGGGGGCGAAAGUCUGUUUCCCGUCGGAGUUGUGUCUGUGUUCUUUUGUUAUUUCACGCAUAGGUUAUUGCAUCACCCUUUUAGCAUCACUGGCACAAUGAUCAAGCUGUUCUCUCUCAAGCAACAGAAGAAGGAUGAGAGCGGCCAGUCGCCUUCAACAUCAAAGCGAGUCUCUGCUGCCCAGCUCCGAAUUACUAAAGACAUCAAUGAGCUGAACCUGCCGAAGACGUGUCAGACCGAGUUCCCUGACCCUGACGACCUGUUGAACUUCAAGCUGAUCAUCUGCCCGGAUGAGGGGUACUACCGAGGAGGUCGGUUCGUGUUCAGCUUCAAGGUCGGCUCCAGCUACCCUCAUGAGCCGCCCAAGGUGAAAUGCGACACUAUGGUGUAUCACCCUAACAUCGAUCUGGAGGGCAACGUGUGCCUCAACAUCCUCAGGGAAGACUGGAAGCCGGUGCUCACCAUCAACUCCAUAGUCUACGGCCUUCAGUACCUCUUUCUGGAGCCCAACCCGGAGGACCCGCUCAACAAGGAGGCGGCCGAGGUACUGCAGCACAACCGGCGUCAGUUCGAGCAGAACGUCAACAAGUCGUUACGCGGCGGGUACGUCGGCACCGUCUACUUCGAACGCUGUGCCAAGUAGGCGGUGGAGACGACGGUGGCGACGUGAUACAGACUGCCGAGCUGGCCACCAGGGGCGCUGCCGGCGCCAGGCGCCCGACGCGCGGCCAGUGCCCGGUGAUAUUGAGAGGCCGCCGUGCGCCGCCGGCGCAGUGCUGCCAGCGCAGAGACGGUGUGUGACGUGACGUGACGGCGGCGCCGUGUGCCGCGUCACGGGCGUGAUUGUGCGCCCGGACAGCGCCAGGACGAUUCUCUGACGGCGCGCCCGAGGGCGGAGUGUGCUGCUGGCUUGAUGUCGCGCUCCGAGCGCGAUUUUAUAAUGGCUGUUCGCCUCCCGUAUGAUUUCAUGUCGAUAGAGGCGACUGGCCUCGGGUAUUCACUAAUGUGACUCUGGGCCUGGCCUUGGGAUUGUCGAUAAAUCCACUCGUAAGAUGUAAAUAAUACAGAACUGUACAUUC